AUGGAUCCUAUGUCUCGUGCUGCCACAAUUCAAGCAGCACGUCAAGCGUUUGAGGAAAAAGAAGCAGCCAAAGCACGCAAGCUUGAAGAACAGCAACUGAGGGCUGAAGAGAAACAAAUGAAACGAAAGGGAAAACAAGACUGGCGCACAUCAUUUAAAAUUGCAAACAAACAAGGGCCCAAGAAUGGGCUAUCUGAGAAGUCGAUUGCCACUGAAGAGCUAGAUUCUCCCACGGAUGUGCCACAGCGCAAGUCGAAUCCAAGCUCUUGGAGAUCAGGUUCCAAGACGACCUGGAUGCUGUUUUUAACAUGGUUACGGACUAGGAUCUUCAAGAUACGCAGGAAAUUCCAAAGUUUUGGCUGA